GAGGUUGCGCAGCCGCCUGGCUGGGAGCGACCCGCCUGUUGACAGCGCUGUUUUGGGGAGGGCUGGCGCGGGCGGACGGACUGACGGCCGGGCGGCGGGCUGCACAGCCCGGGCAGGUGACAGGCAGACAGACCGCCGUGGGUGAGUGGAACACAAGCAAGAUUGCCUCCUGGAUGGUUGAAAGCAUUAAGUGAGCCGUGCUGCAGGAGCCAUGUCGCUGCCAUUCCGGAAGGAGUUAGAAAAAUAUAAGAAUAUCAAUGAAGAUGAAAUUCUCAGCAAACUGUCAGAGGAAGAGCUGAAACAGUUGGAACAUGUUCUUGAUGAUCUUGACCCUGAGAAUUCACUUUUGCCAGCGGGCUUCCGACAAAAAGACCAGACCAGUAAAGCUGCCACGGGCCCUUUUGACAGAGAUCGACUCCUUUCGUACUUGGAGAAACAAGCACUGGAACACAAAGACAGGGAAGACUUUGUGCCCUUUACAGGGGAGAAGAAAGGAAAAAUAUUUAUCCCUAAAGAAAAGCCUAUAGAAACCCACACUGAGGAGAAGGUGACUUUGGAGCCAGAAUUAGAAGAAGCCCUGGCCAGCGCCUCUGAUACUGAGCUCUACGACCUUGCAGCUGUUCUUGGGGUGCACAACAUGGUCAACAACCCACAGUUUGAUGAAGAAGGCACCAGCAGUAAAGAUGGAAAAGGAAGUGUGAGAAAUGUGGUCAAAGGUGAAAAGGUCAAGCCAGUUUUCGAGGAGCCACCUAAUCCAACCAACGUGGAAGCCAGUUUGCAAAGGAUGAAAGCAAAUGAUCCUAACCUCCUAGAAGUCAAUCUGAACAAUAUAAAGAAUAUUCCAAUUCCAACGCUGAAAGAAUUUGCCAAGGCUUUGGAAACCAACACCCACGUGAAGAAGUUCAGCCUUGCAGCCACUCGAAGCAAUGACCCUGUUGCUAUAGCUUUUGCAGAUAUGUUAAAAGUGAACAAGACCCUGAAGAGUCUAAAUAUAGAAUCCAAUUUCAUCACUGGGGCUGGCAUUCUGGCACUGAUUGAUGCACUGAAAGAGAAUGAAACCCUGACGGAGAUCAAAAUUGACAACCAGAGGCAGCAGCUGGGGACCGCUGUAGAGAUGGAGAUUGCACAGAUGCUGGAGGAGAACUCCAAGAUUCUCAAAUUUGGAUACCAGUUCACAAAGCAAGGGCCAAGAACCAGGGUAGCAGCAGCUAUCACUAAAAAUAAUGAUUUAGUUCGUAAAAAGCGAGUGGAAGGAGACCGACAGUAGCAUGCUUAGGAGGAUGCGAAGAGGUAUUGAAGGCAGCCAACACAACAGCACUCUCCCAACAUCCACUGGUUAGAAGGAACGACACUGGAAAAUCAUUGUAAAGAAGAUUGCUCAUUUCCGUUACUGUUCCCUUUAACCAUUAAAAUUGUUUUUAACGUUCAUAUUUAGUUUGAUGUUUAUGAUAAUAGGAUUGUGUUAUUGGAAUAUAUGAAGUUGAUAUCCACAACCUAGGGAUAAAAUAUGUCUUAGUAAGCAUCAGCUGGAAUACAUUGAAUCUUUUCAAGUACUUUUUUUUUAAACUCUGUUGAAACGACUGUUUUACAUUGAUGUAAUGGGGCUUCACCACCCUGUCCUGCAAUGCCUUAAGCAUGUGAAUAACCCUCACUUGCAUGAGUAGUUCCACUGAAGUCAAUUGGCUGCUCAGAUGAGUAGGGAUGACUUAUGCCAAUACUGGUUUGCGGGAUCACACCCUUCGGCCCCAGUCCUGAAUUCAGAUCUGUGCAUUUGGAACUCUACACUUGUACAGAUUCCUCGCUGAUGCCUGUGUAUGUCCAGAUACAGGUCUUUGUAAGUAUUGUCAAAGCCUAUUGUUUACAUGUGUUUAAAUUAGGCUGAUCACGUCAUCGAUAUUACACUGACAUGUGUAUUCUUAUUCCAUGAUGUAAAGUAAAAAUAUGAGUGUUGCCAAACCUAGAAUACCUUAAUGUCACUUUGUUGUUUCUCUGAUCCAUUGAGGAUUUAAAAAAAAAAAAAAAACCCACACACCAUAAUGCAAGGUUUGCAGCUAUAAAUCUCAUUAAUGGAAGCCAGUACACUGAGCCUUGCUCAUUUUGCUUCAAACCACACUGUUGAUUUUUUUUUAAUUUCUGGUAUUUGUGUGCAUUAAUUAGUAUACAUUACAGAAUUGUUCUCAGGACCUUUUCGAUAAAGAGUGAAUAAAGUAUUUAAUCUAAGGCAGCAGCAGUUCUACCCAUAGUCUGAUAAUCAGAAGAGUAACAUGAACUUAUCACCUCGUUUACAUUUUUAGUAUCUGAUUCGAUACUCUUCCCUGUUAAACAAAGGGCGUGAGCGUGAGCCUGAGUCCAAUGGGACUUUAGCAACUGUGUUAGAGCACAUUGCUGAAUAAGAGUGGACUUAAGCACAUGUUCCAAUGCUUUGCAGCAGUGGGCAUUAACCUGGAAUUUUGUAUAUUGUGCUGAACACAUGGAAGAUAACUUGGGUGACAACAGUUAAGCCCAACAUGCAACAGCAUCCAAACAAGUCAGUGGGGUAUUGUCAAAAGAUUGUGUGAAGCAUUUAUAUUUGUGCUAUCAUUUCAUUGUAUUGUAUAUAGUUCUGUAGUAUUAGAGGUUAACUUCUAGCCAUAUUGUCUCUGCCAACAUCUGAGUCUGUUAAAUACGCAGGGGGUCACUUUGAUCGUCUUGAAACGAAAUGCAAGAAUUAAGGAGGAAUGCUGUUCACUAGCGGAGCUGUACUAACUCUUUCUGAAAGCGAACAGUCUUUAACUGGCGCCAACAACCUGUGGUUUCCAUGUGGCAUCAGCUUCUCUACCCUCUUUCUGGCCUAUGCACUCCCCAUCAUUUGUGCUGGCAAACAAGUUCUGGAUUGGGGAGUAUGGAAAUGGAAUAAACGGCACUCUGGCAUCUCUGAGCCCACAGAAGACUUUGGCUGGGGUCUGUAAAUCAGGAGGGGCUGGAGCCAGGGGAGCCAGCAGGAGGUUUGGGAAAUAUUCACCUCUGAACCUGGCAGAUUCCUUAACAGAAAUCUUCCUGUGAGUCAGUGCUGCUUCAGGCAGUAUAAAUUCAUCCUCUAUGCCAUCUAUGCCUUUUGUAAAGUGGGCUGUACUCCUCAGGGGUGCAGUGGGGGAGGACUGGAUCUCUGCAUUCCAGCCCUGGUUAUAUAAGGCACUUAAGUACAUGCUUCAGUCCUAUGGACUUCCAAAUAAGCAUGAAUGCUUUGCUGAAUCCGAGUCUAAGAAUGGUAUCCAAGCAUUGUGAAACCAACUUCCCUGAGGAGUCUACGGUUCUGAGGGGCUUUCAAGACCCUCUCCCUUCUCUAGUGCAAGGCUAUGAAAGGACUUUGUAGCAUUACCAGGCAGGAUUUGCCAUGAGAAUGGACAUCGACCCACCUAGUCCAAUAGAAAGGGAGACCGAAUUCUGUCACCUGGUUCUGAUCAUGCAAACUCUUAUGUGAUCACCCACUGGGGCAAUGGGGCUACUUUCCUAUGUCACAACUACUCGCUCAUGAUUUUGGGUUUGCACCAUGAGGUCCUGUGUGCAGGAAUGUCCUUAGGAUGUAUGGGGCCCUACGCAGUACUAUUAAACUGGUGCUUCUCUCCCCAACGACAGCCAAAGGGGGGGCAAAUGACGAUUUUUAUAGAGCUGUGAUUUUAUAAUCUUCAGAAACACACUAAUGGAAUAGUUUUAAAGCAAAUUGUAACCUAAGGUCCUGUCAACUAACACUGUAAAGUCAGAAACUGACAGCGUAUACUUGGAGUUGUCACAUGCCCGUUAAAUGGCUUCAUUACCACUUCAAUGGUUCUUUCACCGGUUCAAUGUGCUGCCGAUAGAUCUGGCAGGCUUUUUCACUUGUAAGUUAACUAGAUCUUCUUGGGAGGAAGUAGAGUCACAGAACAGGGAUAGAAAGAGGCAGGUAGGUGGACAUUAAGACAUAGUGCUCCCCCAGAUUUUCUGGUGCAUUAUGCAGCUGCACAUUCUGCAUAUGGGUAAGGCUGGCCCUGCCUGUAUGUGGGAAGAAAUUUGAUUCAAGUAUCUUUAUUCCCAUAGUCAAAGAUUUCUGAUAUGGACAGUCUUCAGCCCAAAAAAAUCCUUUUGGACUUCUGACUCCAAUCUCAUCUCUAUUCCCAUUUUCUUUGGGGUGGGAGAGAAAUGGGGGAGGAGAGCAGAGGGUUCCCAAGGGCAUCUGGCUGUUUGUGGGUUGUUUUAAUCAGUUGUUUUUGAUGGGGUCUGGUUCAGAACAAACAAGGGUCUAAGCCUCCAUUCAAAGUCUAAAUGAAACUGUAUUUGCAUGCAACAGCUCUAUAACGUGUGGAUUGGUACAGCUGCUUUGGGGUGUAAUGGCAGCAUGGCAACCUGUAUCUAUUUGAGCAGAGCCUGUGGGAUGUGUCUACAUUCAUGUCAGCCACCAUUUGUAACAUUCCACUCCCAGGCUGGGCUCUGGGAAUGGAAGUGCUGGUUGUUUUGCCUUCCCUUUAUCCCCCAUGGCUGUGGGCACCAUGCACAGAUAUCUGUUUUUGAAGGGUAGAACUCUUAGGCAUUUGAGAGUUUCUCCUUUUAAGAGCCAGAUGGCAUAGUUAGGCCCAGGCCCAUGCUGGGGGUGGCCUGGAGACACAUAACACUGGGUGGGGAGAGGAGGAAAGGUAUCAGGGAGGUACUGUGUACACUGGAGCUUUCCGGUGUGUGACAUCCCUUCUCUGACCUGCCAGUUCACAGUCAGAGCUGAACCUCCCUUCUUCCCCUUCUUGUCUCUUGUUUGCACUCCAGGAGAUGCUUGCAGGGAACAACUGUUGGCCUCAGGAAAGCACAGGGCCUGCAAUUGUUGGCCUCAGGAAAGCACAAGUGGUGACAAGUGACUGCCCAGGAGUCAUGAGGGGACCUCCCCUUCCUGCACAUCCACAGGAGGGCUGGCCAUGAUCUAGCCUUAAGCAUUUUAAAGUAAGCAUAGUGACAAACCAUCUCUAGUUCCCAUAGUUAUAUCGAAUCUAGUGCAGUUAGAGGUGGUCCCCGAAGGAAACAGGUCUAAAUAUUAACCUUAAUCUAGAAGCAGUUGACCACUUAACAUCCCCUCUACUAAUCUGAGUGAGGUUAAUAUUUGACUAAGUCAUUUUUAAAGUACAAUUCUAAGCAGAUGUCCUAGUCCCAAUCAGGUAGCUCUGUCACCUGGGCAUAGAGGCCCCCUUUCUAAACAAAAACUAAUGACUGGGAGUAGCAGGGCUCAUUUGCACAUUGCUGCUCAUGCUGUAGUUUGGGUUUGUUUGUGUUUUUUAUACCAUUGUCCAUGGAAAAGCUGAACAUAUGCGUAGUCUAACAUGUGUGCGUUGUAGAGUGCGCUACGGAAUGUAAAAUGUAUGUGUUACACGCUAGAAGAAAAUGUUUGAUCUGGAAUAUAAAUAAUUGCAUGUGCACAGCGCACAGGGGAAUGGGAAUCAACCGGAAUAUGUAGCAGUGACUCCCAAACCUCUUGGCUUUUAUAAAUAAACCUUCCUAAGGAAA